AUGGCCGCCAUCAACAUAUCAGUCAUUGAAGCUCACCGCCUUAACAUUCCUACUUCUCAAGAACAAGCCAUUCCUUUAUCUCUUCUCGACAGCACAACCGCCAACUUCUCCAACGCCAGCGCUAUAUGGCUCUUUGAAAAGCCCACUCGCGAUGACUUCAACUUGGCCUACCAUCUACGCGAAUCGCUAGCUUGGACUCUUCGUUUCUACCCUCAAUGGGGUGGCCAUCUGAAGGCUGUCAAAUCAACAGAUGGCACCGUUUCGCCAGAAGCAAAGUCAUUUCCACCUCAUGCUCGGCGGUUUGGGCGCCUCUAUGCGCAUUAUGGGACUGAUAAUGAUCCUGGCGUGGAGUUUAUUCAUGCCAAAUGCGAUGCAACGCUUGAGUCUUUAUAUCCCGCAAACAGGACUUCAAAGCAGCCUUUCUGGAAGUGCGACUCCAGUGUCUUUCAGAAGUUCGUGGCCCUUGUCACGAUUGCUCAGCCACUAAGGGAUAUAGUGAAGGACAAAAAUGACCAACUAUAUCCUCUUCUCGCCAUCCAAAUGACGGAAUUGUCCUGCGGCGGCUUUGUCCUUGCCCUCAAUGGUGCGCAUCCUCUCGCAGAUGCCACGACUCUUCUGGCUUUUAUCAAACACUGGGCGAACGAAAGUCGCCAAGGUUUAGGAAGCAAUCCUCCUGCUUCAAUGUCUGUAUUCAAUCCUGCUCUUUUAGACAAUCAAGCGACCGGAGACAUCAAUGCCAACGAACCAGACUUGGAUACCAUACAGCGAGCAAGGAGUUUACCAAUGCAUAGAUAUGACUGGUGGCAUCAAGACUCGACACCUCCUUGGCCGUUCAAGAUACCUUCGCCUUUCGAUAAACAGAACCUUGAGCCCGUCGGCAAACCUAUGCCAUGGGCUGAAUGGAAUGUUGCCGAGUCUGUUUCAAAUUACGUUGUUCAUUUGAGCCAGGAGCAGGUGAUAUGUCUUUGGAAAAGGGCGAACAAGAACUCGUCGCAGAAGUUAAGUCAGCACGAUGCAAUACUAUCUCACAUUUGGUCCUGCAUCGCUCGCGCUCGCGGCCUUGAAAAGGACACAGACCCAAUUCACUGCGAUCUGGUUUACGGCGUUCGCUCGUCCUUCCAACUCAAAGAAGACUUCUUCGGAUCUCCAGUCGUGAUGAUGAACAUCGAACUCCCUGCCUGCCAAGUCGCCAACCCAUCCAGCAUAACUCAAGUAGCAACUCAAGUCCGCAACACACUCAAGACGAUCUCCGACCCUUCUAACAUGGCCGCGCAUCUUCACAGCCUAGCUUUUGAAAAGUCUCCUCAACGGAUAUGGCAAGCAUUCUUGGGUCGGCGGCAUAUAUUGGUGACGACUUGGGCACGAGCGGGGAUAUAUGAUGUUGAUUUUGGGUUUGGAUCCAUGUGUCGCUAUGCUGAGGGCGUAGUUCCGGAAAUGGAUGGAAAUGUGUUGAUAAAAGAGGCAUCGGGUCCUCUGGGGAAGUACUGGACGGAUAAUGGGGUUGAUAUUUCUAUCCACAUCAGGUCAAGAGAUAUGGAGCGGCUUAUAAGGGAUCCGCUUCUGUUUCCUGUCGAUGCUUGA